UCUUAUAAAAUCGCCCUAAGAACUGCUGGCUAGCUGCCCGUAACGAAUAUAACCACAAAAAUCCCCUUGCGCCUUCACUCAGUCCCGCUUGCCUGCGAGAGCAACGCAUGACGAUCUCUCGCACUGCGCUGCCAAGAUGCUAAGGUCUAUCAUUACGAUGGAGUAUUAGGAGAUUGACUUUGUUUGUUUGGUUGUGUGUCCCCAUUUGCGUGCUGACUCCUGGUGGCAAGUAUCCCCAUUUGGGAGGCUGAACUUGUCAUCCUACGAAUGUUAUUGUUGACUAUGGUAAAGGGAGCCCUUAGGAAAGAUGCGCUAUCGUCGGCUAAUGCCGACUAAGAUUUGCCAGUAAGAGCACUUGUAACGGAAAAGUCUAGUGAGUGAAAAGUCUAGGAAUUGGUCUACAAUAAACGAUGACGGCGGGCUUACGUCUCUAGCGAUUGUAUAUCACGGUGGCGGUGGUAGUCAGCGCAGAAAAAAUUAACAAACAAUACAGCUUGUAACCUGCCUGCUCGCCAGCUAAAUCAGUUACUCAUUUCGAAGGUCGAUUCGUCGGCCUGAUUCAUACUCUCUUAACUCCACAGAAGCUUCAGUAGACCAUGUGUAGUCUGAUCAUUUGCUUCUUGUGACGGGUGCAGUUUGUCCGACAAACUUCGUGCAACGAUUCGAAUGUGCCCUACUACAAUUAGAUUGUGUACAUCCAGCACUUAUUUCGUUAGGCAUUACUUCAGACGGUUGGCUUCCAGCACAAAACGAAGUGUUUCUACGCCCGGAUUCGAACUAAAUUGUUACGGAUCCCUAAGUCUAUUUGGCGAAUACGUUAUGUAUCACGAGUGACGAGCAAGGAUACUAUAGACUGUUAUUUGAUGAAGAAUUUGUUUGUUUAUCAAGGGGCACAGUAACAGCCGAGAUGCUUCGAUAUGUUUCCAAAAUGUUCUUAGGCGGAUUGCAACGUCGAUUCAUUUCGCAAUUCCGCUUUUCAUCUGAAGUUCGUUCCGCGUUGAAGAAUGGUGAACCCGUGGUGGCCUUAGAGUCCACCGUUAUCACGCACGGUAUGCCCUAUCCUGACAACGUUAAGACUGCUAUGGACGUUGAACAAGUAGUGAGAAGAGCUGGUUCUGUACCGGCUACUGUGGCAGUGAUCAAAGGUGAUGUAUGUGUUGGCCUGACUGAACACUUACUCACUGAGUUGGCUAACGCUGAGAAUAGCGUAAAAAUCUCCUCAAGAGAUUUUGCUCCAGCUGUGGCUCAGAAGGUUACCGGGGGCACUACGGUAGCGGGCACAAUGCUUGCCGCCUACAAAGCUGGCAUCAACAUGUUUGUCACAGGCGGAAUUGGGGGGGUCCACCGAGGAGCUGAAGUGACCAUGGACAUUAGUGCUGACUUGGUAGAGCUCGGUAGAACGCCGAUAGCUGUUGUGUCGGCCGGAAUUAAAUCCAUUCUUGACAUUGGCAAGACCCUUGAAUUUUUAGAAACUCAAGGGGUUUGCGUAGCCACGUAUGGCGAUUCCAAGGAGUUUCCGUGUUUCUGGACUAGAAAGAGUGGUUUUGAUGUACCAUGGAACGUGCGAAACCCCACAGAAGCGGCAACUAUGAUUGCUGCCCAAAAAGCGCUUGGUGUACGGAGCGGCGUAUUAAUUGCUAAUCCGAUACCAUUGAAUCACGAAUCUGAUGGAAAGUACAUCGAAAAUUGCGUCCAAGAAGCUCUUAAAGAAAGCGAAAUUCAACACAUUAAAGGAAAAGAUAUAACGCCGUUCAUACUAAGCAGGGUACAUCAUGCGACAAGAGGUGCCUCGUUGAAGGGUAAUAUAGCACUGAUCAAACACAACGCGUUAGUCGGCUCCUUAAUUAUGAAAGAGUUAGCUGUUCUUCGACCUGAGACUGUCGGCGUUGCUGAAAAGGUCUAUGUGGUACCGUCACCUAAAGUGGAGCCGAUCAACACGGCUAGACCUGUUAUCAUUGGAGGAUCCAAUGUUGACUUCAAUGUUAAGCUCGGAAUUGACGAGCUGAAGCAAAAUGGUGAUACUUAUAAAGGCCAAGUACACCAGGGCUACGGUGGGGUAGCCAGGAAUAUGGCAGACUGUAUUUCCAGAUUGGGCCUUAAUCCGCUUUUGGUUUCAGUAGUUGGUGAUGACCUGAAUGGCAAAGGUAUCCUUGGUCACAACCCUAACAUGGAUAAGAGUGGCAUUGCGGUGUUGCGCGAUGCUACCACAGCGACCCUCUGCGCGGUCCACAACCAAAACGGUUCAUUGUUGUAUAAUAUAGCUGAUAUGGACAUCCACGACCGGAUUACGCCUGAGAUGAUCAUUAGGUUUGAAAAAGAUAUCGCAGCUGCUCCAAUCGUUGUGCUUGACGGAAAUGUGUCUGAAGAUGUCCUGCAAACAACGUUCGAGAUAUGUGCGCGACUCAAGAAGCCAGUCUGGUACGAGCCAACUUGCGUUGCCAAAGCCACAAAGCCGUUUCGAAACAAUCGCUUGUCCGGCGUUUGGUACGCGUCUCCAAACAAGAAAGAACUCGAGCUUAUGUACCGUGAUCUUAUGCAUGAUUCCCCUCUCAACGGAGAUGAGUUAAGUCGGGUGGCGAAGAUGGCCGUCGAACUGUUGCGAUCAGGUCUGAUCCGACACGCUUUGUACGUCACUUUGGGCGAACGUGGUCUUGUUCGUGUCGUAAAAACAAAUGACGACUACGAUAUCAUACAUUUCGAAGCUCCACAAGCGGCCAUCGUGAAAACUUCAAACGGUUGUGGGGACUGUCAGGCCUCAACGAUUAUUACGGGUAUGAUACUUGGCCUACCGGAAGAUGACUAUAUGGGAGCUGCAAUGGAGAUUCCGAUUCUCACGCUAUCGUCGUAUGCAUCGGUUCCUGAUACACUGAGCAAAAACGAUCUUAAAGUCAAAAAUAUUAUCAAGACAAAAAGGCUCCAUAUAUAAGCUGCUUGCUUUCAUUUUGUGGGUACAUUAAAAUCGUCAUCUUUUUAAAGUUGCGUUUAUAAUAUUAAGCUAGUAUACAGCAUGGCCGUCAUACAGGAGAAUAAUACUGUGACGGAUUGCUGAUUAUAUGUCAAAAUACUUAUUACGAUACUAUAUUAAUAUUGUCUCAUAUAGAUUGGUAUUGGUUUGUCCUUUGAAAAAAGCAGGAUUUUACGUUAUAGUUAGUAGAGUUAUUACGAAAGCUUUAUUUGGUUUGUGGUGUUUUAGAAUACAGUCCAUGUAUUUGUGAGCCAUUUCGCCAGUAAAGCGGUUCCUGCUUUAACACGGUAAUCCAUUGGGAUUAAUUGGACUAAUGGUCAGGAAUUAAAUGCUUUUAGUUUCUAGGUGUUGGCUAAGGUACUCUAAAAAACGAAAGGCAUUCGAGCAACUUUUUCCCGGAUCAACCCCUUAACAAUGGCCUAAUUUAGGUCCAUCAGUGCAGAUCUGAAAUCCUGUCAGUAAAACUAAAACAGCAUUAAAAAGCAGAAAACAACGGAAAUAGGGUGGCAUAUAGAUGAUUUGUAAUGGAAUGGUAUUGAUUUAACAAUAUUUCAUCUCAUGUAUUACGAAUCACAAAAGCAAUCGUACUUAUUUACAAAUGAAACCUAUUUCAUGGGAAAGUUUUAUUUUAUUAUAUAGAUCUCAAUUUUUUUACAAUUUGAUAUUUUUUUUUUUUGCAAAUAAGUGUUUCAUUCGGUUGGUCUUGGGAAUUUCAGUUUUGAUUCUAUAUGUUUGUAUUAUGUUGAUCGUGCGCCACUUGAUUUUAUUGCAUGCCAGCUAAGUACGAAAAAUACAAUACCUAGAUUUUCAUCGAAACAUCUCAAGGCUUGCAGGCUUCUAUAUCGAAGCAAUGAGAAAAAGUUCAGUCAAAUGAUUAACCUGAUAAGGUCAGUAGAUCCAUAAACACUUAUAGGAAGUUGUUCAACCAAUGUACAGGUUUUCAGGGACUACCUCCCAAAUAGCAAACCAAUGAUAGAAUGCACUGUAGUUGAUUUUUUCAUGGUUUCCAGGGGUUAUAAUACCAAAUCUAAGCGUUAAUCAAUGCUCCUUAUGGCUUGAUUAAGUAUAAUUAAAGCAGAUUCACAACUGUACCAGUAAGUUAUUAAGCGUGUACUUGUUGCAUCGAUCAAUUUCACACGGCAAACCGGAUCGUUGCCAGCUCUGUUGACGAUCGAAUAUUUUACUCUUAGCUAUCGAAGUCACUGAUGCAGAGUAUUUUAAAUUAAAAAAAAUUUUUUUUAAAAAGUACCGCAAAAGGUGAUUUUUUAGGUUUUCGUAUUUAGCACUGUAAAUCAUCAAUUGGUUUAAGGCUUCUAGCGAUCAAUUUUUACUAUGAACAUUAAAGUUUUAAAAGAGCUAAAGAUAUGGACCUAAAUGACUGAUCAUCAAUAAAGUACAUUA